GGCCCGACUUGAAGCAGUCGCAAGGUGUCGAUAUGUGCUAGCGAUGACCUUGAGCUUGUCGCUGACCGCUCUUUCAACCACUAGGAACAGGCCCACAACCCCUACGAGGCAUGGCCGGCUUCCCCGCACAACAACAGGCACAGGCUCGAAACGCAGCUUUAGCAACGGCGCGGUUACCGAACGGCAAACUUGGGAGCGGAGCGAACUGGAACUUCAACUUACCCGUAAGCGGAACACCAGGGAUGCAAGGCAGUCAACAACGCAGCAUCGGGACGAUGGGCACAUUCGCUCAGAGCUUAAGUGGAUCUCAGCCGACCACGCCCCUGGAUCUCUCGGACUUCCCUUCGCUCUCCGGCGCGGCUCCGCAGUCGCAGACGCAAAAUCCAAGCCACAUGGUGUGGGCAAAUGCUAGCCAGCGUGCUAUGCAGCAGACCCCUGUUCAAAGACCGCAACAUGCUACAUCGCAAGCGCCGUCGCGACCAUCACAAACACAAACCCAGCACCCUCAACAACAAUCCCAACCCGCACAUGAUGACGUAUUUCCCUCCGGCGCACAAUUUGCGAAUCGUUUGGAAGAUUACCGGAACGGUGGCCAAGGUAUCAGUGGCCAACUGACCGCUGGCGGACAACCCCAGACGGGCAAUAUCGAGGAAUUUCCCCCGCUCGGACGCAAUGCGCCUGCGGAGCUAGGUCAGGACCGACGAGGAUCGCUGAUGCAAGGUACGGGGCUUGGGAACUACAGCAGUGGUAUGCCUUUUGCUGGAGUCACCCAGUCCCAAACUGCGCAAAGUCGGAACAUGAUCGCUACCUCCAUGAACGGACAAGAAAGGAUUAUGUCUCCGGGGAACGCAAGCUCAGCAGGAAUCGAGAAUUCGCGAUCGCCGGUGAAUCAAGGUUCUAGCAGGCUUCCUAGCUCGGAAAAAGAGCCGGAGGUCAGCAGUUCUGUAGCGUCUACUUCUGUUGGUUACAGCGAGCAACCAACAAUCAUGCGACCGCCAGGCUUCCCAGCCACGGCCAAGGAAGCAUCUGCUGGGGCUGCACCAACAGCCGAUCAGUCGCCUUUCGCUGAAAUGAGCGAACUUGACAAGUUCGGGCUAGCAGGAUUGUUGCGCAUGAUUCAUAGUGACAACGCCGAUGUCUCCAGUCUGGCAGUAGGCCAGGAUCUGAUGACAUUAGGGUUGGAUUUAAAUCAGCCAGAACCAUUACAUACGUCAUUCGCUUCACCAUUUGUGGCGUCCAUGACGGGCGCGCCUUUGGAGCAGGAUUUCGCCCUCCCUUCAUGCUAUAGCGUGGCCAACGUCCAACCUCUGCAGUCGAGGAUUCCUAGCUUCAGUGAUGAGACGCUUUUCUACAUUUUCUACAGCAUGCCGCGAGAUGUCUUGCAGGAGGUUGUAGCGGAGGAACUAAUGGGCCGGAAAUGGAGAUAUCACAAGAUCGAGCGGUGCUGGCUCACUCGUGACGAGACGUAUCCCGGCCCUGUCGACGUGGAGCGUGGUGUUAGUGAAAGGGGUGUCUACCUCUUGUGGGAUCCCACUAGCUGGAAGAAGAUCAGACGUGAAUUUAUCCUUCGCUAUGAAGAUCUAGACAACCGUGUGGAUCCCAACAGAGGGCUUGCGCGUGUCGGGUUUCCGCACCACGGGUCAUAAAGGUCGAGCACGGAGCAUGUGCAGAGGUGGGAUGAGAUCAGCACCGGUGUUAGGCUCACUGCACUGUCCCGUAAACGGUCGAUCUGAAGAUUGCUAGUACUAGCAUAGCACCCGGUGUCUCUACAUUCUGUGG